AUGAAGCUGUUCGUCGCGCUAUUUGGAUUGUUUGCCAUAAUCCAGAAGGUGACAGCCUUUGAUUGCCCGCUCUUUAGUUUUCCGGUGGAUCCGACUCGCAACAGGACGGCGGAUACCCCUGACGUGACCACCAGUCCGCCGAGUUGUCCCACCGGCCAGUUUUGCUAUAGUGACGGGACCAGCAACGCCUGUUAUUACCCGAUCCACUGCCCAAGGCUACCGGCAAAUCCCAACCCCCGGAUCACCGUUGCCAACACGACGUCUGAUCCACCGAGUUGCGGUAGCUACCACUUUGAAUGCUACUACAACGGAAUCUCGGACGAUUGCUACGAGGCCUACAGUAGCACCGAUCGGCCAACAACCCGCGCUCCGGUUAACAACUGUCAAAUUGUCCACUGGCCGAUGACGCCGGCUUCCAUAAUGGCCGAAGCGGAUCCUUCGACUGGCGCUUGCACGCCGAAUACCCAUUGCGAGGAGGGUAGAACCACAAUCGGUCAGCAUGGACGUUUCUGUAUUGCUGAUGGAUACGUCGACCCGAAUCGUCUUACAGUACCAUGGUACUUCGUU